AUGGCCACCCCUGGAGAAGGCAACCAUCCCAAUGAUGAAGGGGCACCCCAGCCAGUGGCAGAGGUGCAGCAGCCUGAGUCUCGGGUGGCCCGCAGACGCCUGUCCCAGGCCCGCCAUCGGGCCACCCUGACGGGGCUCUUCAACAUCCUGAGGAAGACUGUUUACUCUCAGUCUGAUCUCACAGCCUCAAAGUGGCAGGUACUGAAUAAGACGAAGAUUCAUAUCCAAGAGCUGGAACAAACCCUGGAUAAUUUGCUGAAUCUCAAAGGCGCCUACAACCUGGAGGAUGGGAAUGCCAACAGCUUAGAGGAGGUCAAGGAAGAAUAUGCCAGAAUGUACUCAGAGGAUGAGAGUUUUCCUCAGAACAGCUCUCCUCCUUGGUACCUCAACUUUUACAAGCAAACGAUGGACCUCCUGACCAUGAACGGCAUCAUCACCCCACAGGAAGUGACCCUCCCCAUCGCCUCUGCGGCCAUCUCCCACCUGUGGCAGACUCUCUCUGAGGAGACGAAGGCCUGUCUCCUUCAGGCGUGGGAGCAGCAGAACAGGACCUUCUCAGACCUUACAGAUGCCUGUCUGGAGCUGGCCUGUGCAGAGGACAGUGUGAAGGAUAGCGGGGUGGACAGCCAAGGGGCUAGCUGCUCACUGGAGUCCACGCAGGGAGAGCUCCUUUUUGAAGAUGCUUUUGAUGUGGCAGGUUUCCUGGACAGCACCGAGGUUCAGCACAUGCCUAACAUCAGCUCUGUGUUUCCCAACUGCAACCCAGAAAAUCCAGAGGAGAAAUUCCAGCUCUACUUGCAGAUCAUCGAGUUUUUUAAAAGCCUUUGCUGCACUGACACUCCACUGAACGAGGAACCGGACCCUCUGGCCGAUGAUGACUUGAUGUUGCUCAAGUGCCUGGAGACCUUUGAUGAUGAGGAUCUGUAA